AUGGCCGAAGCCGGACAGCAACGAGCUCUCACCACCGCGUUUGCGCCGCCGCCGCCGUUGUGGAAGCACUUCAACACGGACAAUAUCAAGAGACUGGAGAGAAUAAAAAAAGAAGCUUCUAAAGGAGAAGAUGGAAAAUUACACACGAAGAAAUGGACUCCAGCUGAAUUGCGCGCGCUGGAUCUACCCCCGGAGCUUCGUUAUCUCGUCCCGCCAGAGAUUCCUACUACGGGACACUACAGUGUUUUUGGAGAAUUGCAAAAUCUCUCGACCGCCCUCCCCUCCCUGAAAGAACAAGGCAUCGAACAACUCUACCCCUCCUCACCACCACCCACCGAAGAAGCCACUCCCGAAUCGCCCUCGAGGCCCUCGCAGCCGCUUAACCACGCUUACUACCUCCUCAAAAUCAGCAAAUCCCUUCUCCUAAACUUCCUCGAGUUUGUCGGCGUCCUCUCAGUGGCGCCGGAACAAUUUGAGUCGAAAGUGGAAGACCUGCGCAAUCUAUUCAUCAACGCUCAUCACCUUCUGAACCUCUACCGACCGCACCAAGCACGCGAAUCUCUCAUAAUGAUGAUGGAAGAACAAUUGGACCGGACUAGGGAGGAAAUCCGAGAGAUGGAUAAAGUGAAGGCUGAUAUUGAAGGUACUCUCGAGCAGUUGAAGGCUGAAGGAAUUGACGCGGAUACUACUCUCGAUUCCAAAAAUAGCGGCAAGCCUUCAAAUUCCGACCAGUCUACAGAAGAGUCGCAGUUAGUAUGGGGCCUGAUGGACGAAUAA